AAUAUUUCUCUUUCUUCCCCAUUUGCAGUCGUUGCCCUAGUAAACCCCUUAAUCGCCGCAACUUGAUUCUCCUCACCCGAGAAACCACCCUCUGCUCUUCUCACUCCUCCUCUCACCAAAUCGUCCAAUCUGAGCUGAUUUCCGAUCCGAAACUCCAUCUUAUGGUCCUCUUCAGCUCCUCUUUCACUGCUCCGGCCAUGAUUUGGACUGCCAGGCGAUUCCGGCGUCUGUGUUUGUGAUUGCGUUGACUGCUGAUCGGUUUUCCGGUGAUAGAUUCGGUUGAAUUGAGUUAUCAUAUGGAGGAACGACUUGUACGGGCUGGUGUUACUACGGUUAAGGAGCUUGUGACCGCUUCGCCGGAGCUGUGCAGCUCAUCUCUGUGUUAUAAAGAUAUAACAAACGGUUCUUCAAAGUCUGAACCAUCUAAGCUUGAUGGUCGGCACCACAACAGCUAUCAGGGUGAAGACUUGUCCAGGCACCUUCUUGGUAGGGGCAGAAAUGGGUUUUUGUCAAAUCAUGGCAUUGAAAGUGUACAAUUACAACGGAAGUCAAUUAAGGUGUUGAAAAUAGGAAAUUUUCCUUCUAAGAGACCACAAAUCACUCAACUUGAAGAUUCAAUUAGCCCAGCUGAACUUGAUAGUUUAAAGGACAUGCCGGAUAAGGUCGGCUCGUAUCUUACAAAGUGCAGUUCUGCAGAUAAGACUCAAUUGGCGAAACAAAAGACCAAAUUUACAAGCAAGCGAGGUGAUAAGAGAAAUCAGAAACUUCCUGUAAAGACUAAAAACGAUUCCUUCUCUGUGAAGGCAGGUCUGGCAAGCUUCAGUUCGGCUGCUGGAGGGAACAACUUCUUUGGAGUUCAUGGCCUUAAGUCGGAUAAUCAUGAUGUUACAAAGCAUGUAGAUGAUCUGCCGCUGAAUGAGCUCCUUGAUGGCGCGUUCAAACAUCUCAGUUUAGGUAAGGAUAAAGGAAAGAGACUGGCGAAUGUUAACGAUAGUUUUUUGCAUUCGGUUAGAAAGGCUUGUUCUAUCCUUCAGCUUCCGCGGUCUGUCCCUGCUGAAGUAGAUAGCCACUCCGAAAUGAAAAUGUCAUCUUUGCCUUUAAGCACAACUGCUGUUGUUGCUAAUGGUUUUAAUGGUGAUAAAGGAGAGUUGUCUGUAACAGAUCUGUCUUCAUGUAACAAGGUACAUGAUUCUUGUAGCAGGCCUGAUAGUCCUGCAAAUCCCCUUGAUAUGCCAUUAAGUCAACCUAAUUAUAUUCUGGAACGCUUGGAGCUUCCUCCUCACAAGGAUUUGGAAUCUUUGCUCCUGGAUGCCACAAAGCCUGGUUUGGUUUCAAAAAGUACUUCUGACUCAUGCUCGGGCAGGCAAAUGUCUCGGCGAGCAAGUUUGCCACCUUUCCCCUGGUCAAAUUCUUCUAGUUGGCAUUGUAGAAGCAAUUUGGAUGCAGGAAAAAUGCCUACAAGCAGGGGCACAUGUCAAGGUCGAUGGCUAAGAAUAGAGAGGAAUACUGUUACGUCAUUGGAAAUUGCGGCUAGUAAAUUUACAGACUUGGAGUCGAUGACUUAUGAUCAGAGUCUAGUUCCUUCCUCAAAACUGAUUGUGGCUUCUUCAAGUGAUAAAAUUUCCCCAACUAUAUCUGUUUUACCUCAGUGUGAGUUGGAUUCGUCGGCUCCUGCAACAUGUUUGAAAGAAACAUUUGCUGCUUUAGGCUUGGAAGGUAAUUUGAAUCACUCAAGAAAUAGUAACGAUGAGUGUUGUUCAAAUAUAUUAGCUGCUGCUCAAACACUGAGUGGCAUGGCAACAAAUCCCUUCAUUCGAAGUCCAGAUGGAAUCCUACGAUGGCCAAAGAAGACUUCACCAAAGGCCAUGAAAGCUCGCAAGUUGAAAUCAGUUGAAAAGACCAUUGAUGUAUAUGGAUCAUCAAUUGCAGUAUCUGGGUCUGAUAAUCACACAAAAAGAAGCAUUGACCGGAUGCUGAUGCUGCCCCCAAAGAGACCCAAGCUCUGUUCAAGUGACGAUAGAAAGGAUUACAAUAGCUACAAUAGUGUUAGGAAAGAACCAAUAAGUUGGUCUACACCAAGAUCAAGUAGGUCAUUACCUAGCAAAUCAGGUAAAGAGUCGAUUGGGAGUAUUAGACAUUCAACUUCUGAUGUGGUGAAGCAUUCAUAUAUGAUGCCCCCACCUUCAAGGGUUCCAGAGAAGCCUUCCCAUAAGCGAGAGAAGUUGAGGAAAUUAUUGACGAUGGAUUGGAACAGGGGAAGGGACCGCCCGGACUGAAGAAUAUUUCAUUCCACUAGGGGUUUCAUUGAUUCUGAAAGUCGGGUAAUUGGGAAAUACUCAUCUGUAUAUAGCACCAUGUGUUGCCGUCGGCAAGGAAUGUGGCAACGAGUUAGGCACUUGGGCAGAAUGAAAUUGUUAUUAAGAAAGAAUGAAUAGGAAAUCUUGUGUUGUAAGAAAGAAUAGAACGGAAUAGUGUUGAAUACUUUGCCACGAAGAGCAUUCAAAUUUAAAUUCUGUUUUUAAACAGGUUCCAAUCUCCGGCAAUCUGUGAAGAUUAGC